UAUUUACAUGAGCAUGAGUAUCCAUAUAUUACAUAUAAGAUAUACCAUUUUCUAAAUUAAUAAGAUUUUAUAUAAUUUCAGUAUCUAGAAUAUUAUAUAUAUAUAUGUAUGUUACCUUACGUAAGAACAUGAACAUGGGAAAUAAAAUUUUACACAUGCAUAUCUAAACUAAAAACUAAAUAUAUACAACAAAAAUUAUUUGAAGAAAAUAUAUGCAAAUAUUGUGAUAAUUUGAAAAAAUAUAUGCAAAUAUUGUGAUAAUUUGAAAAAAUAUAUGCAAAUAUUGUGACAUAUAAAAGAACUGCUUAAAUCAGUAUUUAGUUUUAAUAUAAAUCAUUCAGAAUAUUCAUUUUAUUUAUAUAAGAUAUAUUUUUUAAAUUUUAAUUGCAGGUAUGUCUAACCGGAGACAAAAUGCAAAUUCUUCUACGCAUGGUUAUACAAAUCUUCCUACCGAAACAGCAUUGCGGGUAAAGUAUUUUAUAUUUAUUUAUGUAAUAUUGUCAUAAUUACGUAAUAAUAUUCAAACUUUUAAAAUGUUUGUAGAAAGGAGCUAAUUUCAAAUGGACUCCUAGCAGUCUUUAUCGAUCGCUUGAGUUAUAUGAUGAAGCUGUUAAAAUGAACAAUUACCGUAUAAAAGACCCUACAUCUUUUGCCAAACAGUUUAUGGUUGAAAAAUUUAACGAAGAGUUCGGUUUAGAUAUAAACUAUAAGUUUUUCAAAGAAAAACUCGAUACCUUGAAAAAGAAGUACAAUAAGUAUCGAGAGCUUCUAACUUCAACUGGUAUCUCGGUUGAUCCUAUUACUUCUGAGAUUGAUGCAUCUGACUCAUGGUGGAAAGAUCGUGAAGUAAGUACUCAUUUUUUAUACUGAAAAUUUAUUUACCAUAUAUAAGUAUAAAAUAUUUUUAAAAUAUUCCUUUUUUAUUUAUUUUAAUAGGCAUGUAAGAUUGUACAUGCAUUUAGACGAAAACCGCCACACGGGUGGGAAAUCAUGGAACGUUGUUUCAAAUUAUACAAUGUCCAAUCACAAUCCCAAUAUUCUGUCAACCAAAGAAGAGAAGAAAUGAUGAAUCAAAGUGCCACUAAUAAUGAAGAUCAGUUGUACCAAGAAACCUUUGGUGGUGAGAUGUCAGACAAUGAAGAGCCAGAGAUGCAAGAAAACGAAGAAGUGUAUCGUGUUAAUAUAAAUGAUGACACACGUCCUUCCAAUGAGUUACCCAUCUGCGUCAUAGUUCUGCAGCGGGUGAUCCGAUUCAAAUUCCUGGUUCAAGAGUUCAACAACAAGUCAGAGGAAGACGAGGAAGUUCUUCACAAAGAUCAUCGAUACCUUCACGAGUUAUACAUGGAAGUGGUGCAAGAGGAAGUAAAAAAAGACAGUCAUUUGAGACCACCCUCACAGAUACAAUGACUGGAUUUAGGGAGUUUCAACGUCAAAGUUUACAACAACUACGCCAAAAUCCGUUUGACCAAGACGACUAUGACAAUUUUGAUGCGGCUGUGAAGAUAUUUGAAUCGAUGGAGCUACCGAAUGACACAAAAUUCUAUUGGGCGUGCAUUAACGAAUUUAGAGAAGAUGCAUUCUGGCGAAAGUAUUUUAUUGAUAGAGCUGAAAGUACUUUCGAAGAGAAGAUACAAUUUCUACAAGCAUUAACUGGAUAUACGCGUGAUGAUGAUUUUGUGGGCAAGCGAUUAAGCUCAUGUAAACCAUUUGGGAGUCCAAGUUCAAGUGGUUUUCAUUCAGGUAGUCAAUCUUCUGGUGGUAAUAAUUCUUGGGGGGAAAACUUCAGCUGGCCAAUGGGGUCAACAUCCACAUGCUCAACAAUGGGGUACACCACCAGGUGCUCAGCAAUGGGGCACGCCACCAGGUUCUCAGCAAUGGGGCACGCCACCAGGUGCUCAACAAUGGGGGACGCCACCAGGUGCACAACAUUGGGGCACACCACCAACUGCUCAGCAAUGGGGUACACCCCCUAAUGCUCCGCAAUGGAGUACACAACAAAAUUCUCAGCAAUGGGGAGCAUAUCAGAAUACACAACAAUGGAGGAGUUCAUCACCGGUGGCUCCAAAUUGGGAUUCAUCAUCUAAUCAUUCACAGUGGGGUUCAUCGCCAAAUACUUCACAUUGGCCUUCUUCGACGAAUGUUCAACAUGGAUUUCCGCUUGAAACGCAAACUAAAAGUACAACAAAUCCUCAGCAAGGAUCAUCAAGAAGGGAAAUACCAGAAACACGUAAAACUGGAGGAUUAUUUAACAUAUGGGGAACCCAACGAGGACCUAAUUUAAAUGAAACUCAUCAAAGCGAUGAUGAUUACGCUUAGUUAGUAGAUUGAAUGCUUUUAUAAUAAUGAUGAUGUUUGGUGUUUGAUUUAAGUUUUUUUUUUAAUAUUUGUUACUUUUAUUAUGUGUAAUACGAUCAUUUUUCUUAUUUUUAAUCAAUCUAAUACCUUUUAAAUUUUUUUUUGUCAAAAUAUAGGCUUUUCGCAUAUGUCAACUACGAGCACAAAGAAUUCAAUUUCUAAGUUAUGAAGAGAGAAUUGAGUUAUGGAAUUUGGAGAACGCACAAUUUGAAGAGUUGAUUAUUGAACCGGCAUUGAAUUAUUAUAAUCGAUAUUUUGAAAGAGGACAAGUCCAAACAGAUAGUGGGAUGGGAUGGAGAAAUAUUUGGCAUCGAUUACAAGAAGAUCAUGCUGCUUGUCUUCAGUUACUACGAAUGUCACUUGACUGUUUUAGAACUUUGUGUCAUAAAUUGGAGACAACGUAUGGCUUACGACCAACAUUGAAUGUAAGCAUCGAAGAGAGUGUGGCCAUGUUUUUACGAAUAUGUGGACACAACGAAGUUCAGCGGGAUGUUGGAUUACGAUUUGGACGAAAUCAAGAAACAGUGAAGAGAAAUUUUUUUGAAGUGCUUAGAGCAACUGAGUUACUAGCUUGUGAUUAUAUCCACACUCCAAGAACGCAAGAACUACACAGGAUUCCAGACCAAUUAAUGGAUGGAAAAUAUUGGCAUUUUUUUAGUGGAUUUGUCGGGGCAAUGGAUGGUGUUCAUGUAUGUGUUAAGGUAAAGCCAGAACUACAAGGAAUGUAUUGGAAUCGACAUGACAGAACAUCAUUUAACAUAAUGGCAAUAUGUGAUCUGAAUAUGUUGUUCACAUAUGUUUGGAACGGAGCACCAGAAUCUUGUCAUGACACAGUUGUUCUUACGAUGGCGCAAAAUAAUGAUCCUGAAUUUCCUUUGCCACCCGCAGAUAAAUAUUAUGUGGUUGACUCUGGUUAUCCAAAUAAACAAGGUUUUCUUGCUCCAUAUAAAUCUUCACGAAACAUGGUUGUUCGGUAUCAUAUGUCACAAUUCGAAAAUGCUCCUCCUCCUCGGAAUAAGCAUGAAUUUUUUAACCGGUGGCAUGCAUCUUUGUGUUCUGUCAUUAAAAGGACAUUUGGAGUUUGGAAGAAGAAAUGGAGGAUUCUUUGUGAUUUUCCAAGAUAUAAUAUUGAAGUGCAGAAGAGAGUGGUGGUUGCUACAAUGGAUUUACACAAUUUUAUCAGAAUUUCAAAUUUUAUCGAUGAUGACUUUGCGGAGACAUUAGGACCAUCACCUACUGAUAACGUUGAUUUGGAGCAUAAUUCAAAUGAUAUGGAAACAAUUGUUACACCUGAAGGCGAUGCAAUGGCGAAUAUAAGAGAACAAAUUGCAAAUACAUUAUGGGCAAAUAAAAACCGUAUGUAUUGAUUUCUUUGAUUAUUGUAUUUGGAUUUUUUUAUAUGUUUAAUUUGAAUUUACAUUAGUUUUGAAUUUAUUUGAAUAUUUAAAAAUUGAUCUUCUAGUUACCAUUUAAGCAAACAUAAGAAUACUAAUUUUUCUGCAAAAUAAACAAAAUUAUUUUUAAUCAUUCCAAAUCAUAUAUAUAUAUAUAUAUAUAUAUAUAUAUAUUUAAGUAAUAUAUAUCAAAAAAUUAUAUUUGUACUUAAAACCUUUUUUAAUUUAUAUACAUUAUUUAAAUUUUAUACAGUACUUUGGUCAGCUUUAAAUAAGAAUUUAUAUUCAAAUUAUAUUUUGAAUAAGAAUUUAUAUUCAAAUUAUAAGUUAAAAAUAUAAUAGACUUAUGUUUUACUUUUAAUUCAAUGUAAUUUUGUUCUAUUAGAUGUACAAAACAUAAUAUAAAUUAUGUUUCUAAUUCCAUCUAACAGUUUUAUUAAUGAAUGAAAACACUGUAUAAGCUUGUUGUAAAAGAAAAGACUAUAUAAAUUUUAUUUCCCAUAGUAUAUCAUAAUUCUAUUAAAUAAUUAAGUUUAUCAGAUCCUAUAUUUUGAUUUUUUAAUUUAUAAAGUAUUUUUAAAAUAAGUCCUUUUAAUAAUGAAAAUAAGUAGUAUUAUAAAAUUUAUGUAAAUUAAUUUAAAUUUAAACAGUACUUUGAACCACUUUUUAUCCACUUUCACCAUUCAUACAUAAGUUUAUAACCGCUAGAUCCGCUAGAUCCGCACUUGAACCGCUAGAUCCGCUUGAACCACUCUUGUUCCGCUCGUUCCACUUGAUCCGCUAGAUCCGCAACGCUUGAUCCUCUUUUCCCAUUCGGAGCCUAAGACAAAUAUCAUCUAACACUA